AUGGGAUCAAAGACUCCUGAACACGAGAGCCAUACCAAUGGCAAUGACCCGUCCGGCUCAAUCAAUGCCAACGGCGUCGGCGGCGAACCACGUGGAAUUCAUCUCUCCCGGGAUGGAGAUGGUAGUCUGGGAGAUGACGAUGGGGGAGAAGAUGCCGACGGAGACCAUACGGCUGGCGAAGUCAAAGUAUCGCUAAACCCGCACUCUACGGCCGCUUCUACCAAGAAGAAGCGAAAGAAGUCUAAAAAGAAGGCCUCAGCUGUUCAACAGACGUCGCCACCAAGAAUCCCUCUCGACCGGAUCUUCCCUCUAGGCCAAUACUCAAGCGGAGAGAUUCAGGAGUAUGGAUCAGUGGUCGAAAACACCGCCCGCACGACUGCCGAGGAAGACCGAUACGAGUCGCGUCGUCAAAUUCACGACGACAAAUUCUUGAACAACUAUCGCAAAGCAGCGGAGAUUCAUCGCCAGGUCCGAAAAUAUACACAGGAGACUGCUCGGCCCGGUUCAACCCUCACAGAAAUUGCCGUGAACAUCGAAGAUGGCGUGAGAGCGCUGCUCGAUAAUCAGGGACUUGAACCUGGAAGCGGGCUUGUUUCAGGAAUGGGUUUUCCUACGGGACUCUCCCUGAAUAACUGUGUGGCGCAUUACACGCCUAAUCCUGGCCAGAAGGAAGUUGUCUUGAAGUCGACCGAUGUGAUGAAGGUUGACUUCGGCGUCCAUAUCAACGGUUGGAUUGUCGAUAGCGCCUUCACUAUGUCAUGGGAUCCGACCUAUGACAACCUGCUUGCUGCAGUGAAGGAUGCAACCAAUACCGGGAUCAAGAAUGCUGGAGUCGACGUCCGUAUCUGCGAUAUCAGCGCUGCUAUUCAGGAGGCAAUGGAAAGUUACGAAGUAGAAAUCGGGGCCAAAACUUUCCCCGUAAAAGCAGUUCGAGAACUUAGCGGACAUGAUAUCAAGCAAUAUCAGAUUCAUGGUGGCAAGUCCAUUCCCUUUGUGAAGAACAAGGACCAGACCAAGAUGGAAGAGGGGGAAGUCUUCGCCAUCGAAACGUUCGGUACUACCGGGCGGGGUCGUUUGAUGGAUGGACCCGGAGUCUAUGGGUACGGCAAAGACCCACUUGCGCCGAAGAAUAUCGUCUCGCCUCUUGCCAUGGCCAGGUCAGUCAAUAAGACUAUCAAUGACCAUUUUGGCUCGCUUGUCUUUUGUCGUCGGUACCUUGAUCGCCUUGGUAUCCCACUAGGGAGUUAUUUGGCGGGUAUUAACAACCUUGCCUCCCAAGGGAUCGUCGAGAUCUAUCCUCCUCUGAUGGACAGUGAGGGGUCAUACUCGGCACAAUUUGAGCAUACCAUCUUGCUGGGAGAGUCUAGCAAGGAAGUUAUCAGCCGCGGCGAUGACUACUGA